AUGACUUUGCAACAUGGUUUGCAGCAGCACACAGUUUUAGUGACACAACAUUUUGGACCGCAGCAGCAUGAACAACAGCAUGGAUCACAACAGCAAGGAUCACAGCAAGAGCAACAGCAUGGAUCACAGCAUGAACCACAGCACGAACCGCAGCCACAACCACAGCCGCAACCACAUCCACAACCGCAACCGCAUCCACAACCACAACCACAGCCUGGCAUAUUAAUAGUAAUAAUGAAGUGUAGAAUAAAAGUAGAGUAA